AUGGCAUGGUGGGAGCCACAUGAACAGCAGGAAGGCAGCGAGACGGAGCUACUCAGAAUCGCCCGAGCUGAUCAUCAACAGUCGAAGCUCUUUGUUCUCUGCGGGGAUCGUUUUGAGUCCUCCAAGGUAUUUAGGACCGGGGAAUUCUCGGCCCGAAUCAUUCGGGUCGGUGGCCGGAGAUUAGUGGCGAUGGCCACGUGUAAGGUGGGGGAUCACCAGUGGAUGCUGGCCAAGGAUUCCAUGGCGGUGAGAGUUGGAGAUCGGGCGUUUGUUUUUGCGUUGCCUGGAGUUCUGUAUGGACUUUCUGUGCCGUGGGAGUGCUCUGAUAAUGUGAUUCGGCAGCUGGAAGAGAUAUUCGUUAGCUAUUGUGCUUAUGAGGAUCUGGUUGUAAGGAAUGGCUCCGACGUUUGGUAUCAACCCGAAUCCCAAAUCUGGACUGUCGCCUACGAAAAAUUAAAGAACCUCGCCGCCCAAAGUAGCACCAAGAUCUCAGGAACCACCGCUUCAGCCGUUAAGGCCCCGAAUUCCCGUGGCGGCGGCGGAGGUGGCUGUGCCUUCUAUGACAUCGCAUCGUACAAAAUCCACCGAGCAGUGAGGAUGUCAGCGGCGGUGAAGCUCGCCUCCUGCGCCCUUCUCAGUGGCGCCCUCGUUCCCCACGACCACCUCUACGUGGCCUUUCCUCCGGCACCGGCGGCGGCUCUUCCGAGCGUUUGGGCCCUAUCCAGCCUGCUCGACGCCAUAGAGUCGAGUGGAAACACAAUGGCGGCGGUGGCACCACCACGGGGGAGAAAGGUGGGAUUUUGGUGGCUGAGGAUUGAAGGGGUGGAGCUGCUCCUUGACGUGAUGAGGGCGUUUGGCGCCGCGGCGAGGAAGAAGCCGAAGCUGGGUAAGGUUUCGACGUCGGCGGAGGAAGAUGAUAGAGAAAUGGCGACGGCGGCGGCGCUGGGAAUGGGGAAGAGGUUUGGGGAAGGAGACAGGGAAGGGUGGACUGAGCGGAGAAGUUGGAGAUGUGUGGAUGACUGA